CAAUAUAUCACGCUAGUUGUUGUUUACUCGAAAGGACCUCCUUAUAGAAACACGCUGUUCAGCAAUCGACCAUUUUGUGCCUCCAUUGCGUUUGCAACCUUGUUAUCUCUGCUCAUUAUUCUUUGGUCUCCGCCAUGGCUACUCGAUUUCAUGGGCAACAUGGAUUUACCAUCAGCUGAGUUCCGAUGUCUUCUAGUGCUCUACGCCAGCAUCAAUGCUAUCGUCUCGUUCCUCUACGAAAAAGUUUUUGUGGAGCGAUUUCUACUCGAUUAUAUGGAAAGGCAGGCAAAACGCCGUCGAGUUGAGGCUGACUAUCCCGAUGAGCUGCACUCGAGCGCCAGCGGCCCGCUUUAUGAGCGGAUUUUGUCUCGAAUUGGAGCCGAACCAUCUUGGCUAAUGCCACGUUUAGGUAAAUCCAGUUGA